CGUGGUGAUAAUCUGAGUACAGUUUGCCUGAAACAAAGAACAGUUAUUUAUUUUAUUUUAUUUGAUAUAAUAUAAAGUGCAGUCAUGAACAACGAGACGGAAAAAUUUAUAGUUGAAACUCAAAAAAAAGAAACGGUUUGGAAUAAUUGUGAAGGUGCAGUUUAUAAAAGCAGAGACCUUAAACAGAAACAAUGGGAAGAAUUAGACAAUAUUUUUGGAAUAGAAGAAAUGACAUCGAUGGAAAAGAAAAGUUUUGUUCAACAAACCAAGGGAGAUGGGGAUGCUAUGAAAAUACUAGAAGACGCAUUAACGCUAUGCAAAUUUGGAAAAUUCCACAUAUUGCUACUAGCCGCGUCACUAUGUUCCAUCUUCGCGGCUAUGCUGGUCACCACUACAUCUUCAUAUAUCCUCCCGGUGGCAGAAUGUGACCUGGACAUGAGUAUUAUGUAUAAAGGGUUGCUAAUUGCAAUACCUUUUCUAGGACAAAUUGGAGCGAGCCUCUUCACCGGGUUCUUAGUGGAUACUUUUGGUAGAAAAAUAUUUUUAAUAGGUGGAAACGUGGGCAUAUUUAUUGGUACUUUACUCGAGGGAUCGAGCCAAACGUAUUGGAUGUUGCUAUUCAUAAAACUCAUUGAAGGUAUAUCAUUAAGUUUGAGCUUCAGUGCUAUAUCGACGAUGCUCUCAGAGUUUACGCCGAUCAGUUCAAGAGACAGAGUACUGUUGUCGUACGCGGGUUUUACGUCCACAUCAUUGAUAGUAUCUGCACUCCUCGCCUGGGUGGCGUUACCUCUGCCCAUUCAUGUGGUUGUAUGGGAGGGGUAUUUUGUACUACAUUCAUGGAACGUAUACCUAUAUAUCUGUUCGAUAUGGAGUCUUAUGGCGAUAGUGAUGUACUCUUAUUUACCGGAGAGUCCCAAGUUUCUUUUGUCCCACAACCGAGAAGAGGAGGCCUUGGAAGUACUUAAAACCAUAUACAGUACGAAUACUGGGAAUGACAGGGAUUCUUUUCCUAUCUUAUCGUUCAACACGUCUACUGGCACUCUUAAACCAACUGAUGAGAUAAGUCUCAAAAAACAGCUGGUGAAUGCCCUCAUCGAAGUGAAGGAACUUUUCAGGAGACCUUUAAUUUAUAGGCUUUUGCUGUUCUCGUUUCUUACUUUUGCGGGACUGAUUGUGUUUACAUCUCUGAGACUGUGGUAUCCACAGAUCUCAACAAUUAUAGAGAACUACACCAAGAAUCACGGCGAGACAGCCCAGUUCUGCGUCAUGAUAGAUGAUUAUAUGGACGGAUUGAAGGAAAUGCACCUCAAAGUUGUACCAGCUAAUAUGACUGAAGCGAGUAUUUGUGUGCCGAAAUUGAGCGGCAGCCAAACCUACCUAAACGGUAUCAUAUUGGGAUUUGUCUCACUAGUAUUUGUAGUUAUCAGUGCUUUCAUAGUGGAGUACAUAGGCCAGAAAAUUCUUAUGUUCGUCAUCCUAAUACUGUGUGCCUUAUGCUCCGCUUCACUGUACUGGACUAAUCAGUCUAUACAGAUAGCUAUUUUGAUGUCUGGCACCUGUGGACUACUGCAAACUUCUUUGAGUUUACAGCAGAAUAUGUUUGUUAGAGUGUUUCCUACAACGUCGAGAGCUUUGGCAGUUUCAAUCAUAAUCAUGGUUGGACGGAUUGGAUCGCUCUCUGGAAAUAUCAUAUUUCCAAUUCUAUUGAGCAUGGGGUGUAUGGCGCCAUUCAUUACAACCUCGUUUAUUGCAGUCGGUCUGGCGGGACUAGUUUACUUUCUACCAGAUGUAAACAAAAACAAAGCGACAGGCGGCGACAAGUGAAAUAUUUUGUACAAAUAUACUUAAUUAGAUUAUAUAAGCUGUGAGAGAUUAAAAUACUUUUUACUUUCACAGUUCAUGACAGGGUCUAACAAAACGUCGAGGCUUCGUCGUUACUGGCAGGCGUCAAAAUUUGACGCAGGUAGCCUUGAAGUAGCCCUAUUUUUAACCCCCGACCUAAAAAGAGAGGUAUUAUAAGU